AUGCAUGCCUCGGUCGUUUCCUUGCUCGUGCUCUUGAGCUCUGCUGCCCUCGCACUUCCGAAUCCCGAACUUGAUAUCUCGGCGAUACCUUCCGAGGUUCUCUACUAUUACCGAUUCCACCAGAUUCCAUUGAGCGUCUACACCUACACCGAUGGAUUAACACUUGACCUGCUUCACGGCCACCACAAUAAGGUGGCUGUGGACAUGACAUGUGGUCCCAGUUAUCCCGGCAUCUGCCCUUCUGUGCAGUGGUACUGUGACCGCGAUAUGAGUAAGUGCAGGGGCAAAGAAGUUAUCGGAAUGACGUGCAACUCCGACGAAGCUUGCUAUUCUGGCAUUUGUGGCCCGAACAACAUGUGCCUGAGACCCAAGGGCCAGUUUGGCAGCACGUGUACGGAUCACUCACAGUGCGCAUCUGGACUGGUUUGUCGGUAUGGCAAGUACAAUAGGGACCAUUUGGAAUGUCUUGACAAGGGGAACAAGCUAUACGGCUCGUCCUGCACCAACAAUCGCGACUGUGAGCAUCCAUUUAUCUGCAACGAGAUGACCGUGGGAGGUGGGGAGAACAUCUGCAGCCUGCCAGAGGAUCUCACGGGUUCUAGUGCAUGCAUCGGUGAUGGUGAGCUCUGUGGAUCGAACGGUCAGUGCUGCUCCGGGAAGUGCCAGAUGAAGGGUAUUAUGCCAUUGUGUGCAGCGUGA